AUCCAUGAGACGGAACAACGCGCUGUAAUAGACAAACGAGUUCCCGCAGCAGCCUCUGUCUCCUCGUGGGCAUGCUUCAUCUCAUGCGCGAACCUGGGAGGUUGCAGGUUCGAUGGAGACUUCUGGCGAGCUCAGUCUCUCCCUCUCUCACCCACCUAGUAGUAGUAGUAGUAGUAGUAGUAACAGUAUCGUUCAUCAUUAUCAUCCGUUGCCCCCAACCCCCUUUCCUUUUCCCAAUUUCUCCUCGGGGACGAAUUUCCACUCGUCACCACCGCCUGUCCCCUGUUCUCUUUCUUACCACCCUUUUUCGACCUUUCUACCCUUUUCUCUUUCGCCUCUUGCCUCUUGCCUUCUUCGCGUGAUCGGUCUAAUGGCGGCUAUUAGAAAGGGCAGGGACGAAUCCUCCAUUUCUCUUUUCUCUUUCUUUCUCUUUUAGGGGGGUUUCUUUUCCCCAGAGUUCUUUUUUUUCUUGCCAGAGGGGGACAGCAAAAGAAGAGAGAUUGAUCCCGGGAGAGGAGAAGGGAGAAGAGAAAAUCGAAAAUCCGAAAGAAAGAAAGAGAGAAAGAAAGAUGCACAACCAGCAGCAGGAGCAGGAGGAGGGAAAGCCUUUGAAAGUCGGGA